AUGCCAGAUUACCAGUCCAGGCCUGACAACAAGCCAUUUGUACCAGCUCAAGAAAAAUACAUUAAAAUAGCCUCAGGCCAGCUGCAAGUUCACACCUGCCUUGUGAGCAUCCAGCUCUCCAUCCUCACCCUCAUUCUACCCACAGGCCAAACUGAAUCUGGGAGCCAGUCUCAGUCAACUUUGGCAAGAGGCGGGGCACACCCUGAACAAGUUCUGUGUGGGUGUUUGGGAAGCAGUCCAAACUGUGGCCAACAGCUAAGACGCAACAAGAGGGACUGGGUUGUCCCAACAGCGAUGCUCAAAGAGAACUUUGACUACAGGACUAGUGGCCAUGUUGCGAAGAUCAGGUCAGACUUCGACAAAGAGCGGACUGUCUACUACUAUCUGCUGGGCCAUGGGGCUAAUGAAGAGCCAGUCAACUUGUUUGUUGUGGAGGAGCAUACGGGACUGGUUCAUGUCCGCGGAAAGCUGGACCGAGAAGAGAGAGAGAGUUACAUUCUGACAGGAGUGGCCAGAUUUAACAACGGUAGUGUGGCUGAAGACCGAAUAGACCUGAGGUUUGAUGUGGAGGAUGAGAAUGAUAAUACACCUGUAUUUGUCCCUGUGCCUCCAGCUAUAGUCAAAGAGUCUAGCCCAGCAGGGACUUUUGUUGGCGUGUUGACAGCUACUGAUGCUGACAAGGCCAACUGUUCCCAAUCGAAGAUUGCCUACAGCAUUGCAAAGCAGGAGCCUUCUGAUGGCAGAGAACUCUUCUACAUACACAGAAACACAGGAUCCAUCUAUGUCAAAGAAAACACCUUAGACAGAGAGAAACAAAGCUCCUACGUCUUAACAAUUACAGGAAUUGACAUGGAAGGAGCUCCUGGAGGCAACACAGGCACUGGGACCAUAGUCGUCAAAGUAGUGGACAUCAAUGAUAAUGUACCCAUACUGGAAAAAGAUCAGUAUUCGGGCAGCAUCAUGGAGAACACCGCCGACGUGGAGGUCAUGAGGUUUAAAGUUCUGGAUGCUGAUGAGGAGAAAACCGAAAACUGGCUGGCUGUUUUUGACAUCGUCUCUGGAAACGAAGACGGAACGUUCAGCAUAAAGACUGAUCCCAAAACAAAUGAAGGUGUUUUGAUGCUUAAAAAGGGAGCAGGAGAGGGAGGAGGAGGAGGAGCAGGAGGAGGAGGAGGAGGAGGAGGAGGAGGAGGAGGAGGAGCAGGAGGAGGAGGAGGAGGAGCAGGAGGAGGAGGAGGAGGAGCAGGGGCAGGAGGAGGAGGAACAGGGGCAGGAGGAGGAGAAGGGGGAUAUAAAACCACCCUAAAAAAGGGCAAAGUUUACCCAGUGAGCAUUGCAGUGCUGAAUGAGCCUGAGGGGGCCAUCUUCAAACCCUCAGUGAAGCCUAUCUCUGUUUCUGAAAACCCAGGGGAGAAUCCAUUAAUGAAGGUCAUUGGUGUCUUCAGAGCCUCUGAUGCUGACACUGGAGAGCCUGCAAAGAAUGUUCGAUAUGCUAAAGGCUAUGAUCCUGACAACUUGAUAUCGAUCGACCCAGAAACAGCAGAGAUUAGACUUCAAAAGACCCCAGACAGAGAGUCCAUGUUCUUAGUGAAUGGAACUUACUACACUGAAAUACUGGGCCUGACUCAAGACACGCCUCCUAAGAUGGUCACAGGAACAAUAGCAUUGGAGGUGGGAGAUGUAAAUGACAACUGCCCCAAACUGACCGAUGACAUGAGGUACAUCUGCUCAGACACUGUCGUAAUUGACAUCACUGCAGUGGACGUGGAUGGAGACCCGAACUCAGCCCCCUUAAGCUUCAGUCUUGUGGCUGAGAAGAGCCAUGGCGAUUGGAGGGUUGAACCUUUAAAUGACACCACUGCAUCCCUCAGGGCUUUGAGACCGCUGUGGCCUGAUCACUACCGGGUUGCCUUCAUCAUCAAGGACCAGCAGGGCCUUGCCUGCCCAGAACCUCAGUACCUGGACCUACAUGUGUGCUUGUGUAAGGAAGAGAAGACCUGCACAACAGCAGGUGCAGGUGGUCGAGGGGCUUUUCUCAAGGAAUCCUCAUCUUCAUUUGGAGGGCUGGGAGUGGGGGUGCUGCUCCUUGGACUUCUGAUACUGCUCAGCUCAAGCCUCUUAAUGAUAUCCUGCUCAUGUGUAGAAGUGUCAGGGACCUUCUCUGAACUUCCUUUUGAUGCCAAAGAACACUUGAUUGUCUAUCAUACAGAGGGUCGAGGAGAGGACAAGGAUGUCCCUCAGCUCGAAUCUGCAUGCCAGAUGAUGUCUGCUGCUGCCAUACCGCGUGUAAUGGACAGCAACAUAGCUUCCAAAACCAAAGCGAACACAACUUCCUUGAUGACUCUCAACAUAAACACUGCCAAAAACAUUUACAAGUCCAGGUGUGAGGCCAACAGCAAGAUCCAGGAGAGCAGUUCUGUAGAAUUCAGUGAGAUCCAUCGGGAGGUGUACUCAGGGGAGCAAUACUUGUUGCAGUGUCAAGACCUGGAUGACAUUUCUCUCCCUGCUCCGUUUCUGCAUCAGUACUAUUUACAGAGUGUGAGCUAUGCAGCAGAGAAACAGGCAGCGCAGGAGGGUCUGUUAAUUUAUGACUACGAGGGACAGGGUUCCUCUGCCGGCUCAGUGGGCUGCUGCAGCCUCCUGGAGUCUGACAACGACCUGCAGUUCCUUGAUGACCUUGCCCCAAAGUUCAAGACUCUGGCUGACAUCUGUUCCCCUCCACCUCCAAGACCUCUGACACCUCAAAACAUCAUCCCACAAGUGGAUAAAGUUGACCACACUGAUGGACCCUCAUUGGAGCCUAAACCAUCUAGCAUCCAUGGCAAGAGCCCAGAUCUUAAGAAAAGUGUCAGCAUCAACCAGUCAUCCACCAGCAUCACGGGUCUGAGCAGAACAUCCACCAGCAGCACGCACAGGCAAACAUCUAUCAGCCUCAAUCGCUGUAAUGGAGCAGCUUCCAGUAGCAUGCAUGGCCAGUUGUCACACAGCACCAGCAGCACGGCACAGUCACCUGUUAGUCCUGUUAGUACAGCCAUGCUGCCCUCUCCUGGCCUGAUGCUUCUACUACAGCAGCAGCCUGUCUACAACAUCACCACCCCUAUGGUGCAGCCCAUGCCCUACAUAGUCCAGCCACACAUUCAGAGCACUAUGCUGCUGGCUGAGGCUCCUGUUUCCAACCUGCAGGGCAUGUAUCUGCUUAACGGGAGUUCAGAACACUCUGAGGAGAUUCCACACAGGGCAGACAUUGCUAGGAUCCUCAGUAGCACCAGUAGUCGGACACAUCAGUGUGGGAGCAGCAGGGCCUUAAGAUCAAUAGCUUGUGUUAACACAGAGAGCAGACAGGAGAAGAACCAGGUCAACAGCAUCUGCAAGGAGACAGCUUCCAUGUUUUAA